CUCACCAAACAGCCAAUCAGAGGAGGCCUGAAAUCUUAACAGGAGUUUUUCCACUGGACUGGAUUGUCACAAGUUUUUGUUCUACUUUGUGGCCCCGGGUGGUGCACAGCUGGAAACACUUUGUCAGUAUUCAAGCAGGACGGCAUGGCCAUUGUAUGUGUGAGGCAAUAUAUGGAGGCUCGGAAGACUAAGGGGACACAACCAACCUGAAGCCCCCCCGCCCCGAGUCCCUGUCAGCUGAAUCCAGGGAUAGUCUCUCUCUCUCUCUCUCUCUCUCUCUCUCUCUCUCUCUCCCUCUUUCUCUCUCUCUCUCUCUCUCCCUCUCUUUCUCUUUCUCUCUCUCCCUCGCUAUGAGCUGCCUGGAUGUGAUGUACCACCAAAGCUAUGGAGCACACUUCCUCCCAGCAGAAGCCUACAAGUCCACAUACUGCAACCACCAUUACCAGCAACAGCAACAACAGAGGAAGCUGAGUGCUCACAGUAAGAUGCACAACUGCUCGGGCCAGCAGCAAAGUGGAGGGCGAGGAAUACUAUCCAGAGAUCCGUGUCUUCGUCCGGCUCCCGGAAGCGAAUCUGGAUGUGUAUCAUUACAGGAUUUGGAGGUCAAAGACGGAACUCAACCAGCAGGAGCGGAGUACUUAAACUCCCGUUGUAUAUUGUUCACCUACUUCCAAGGGGACAUCAGCGAUGUGGUGGAUGAACACUUCUCUCGGGCCCUCAGUCAGUCCGCUGGCCUUAAUCGGGAGACAAAACCGAGCCGGAUGCCUCAGACCACUGUCUCAAACUCUGCCGGAUCAUGGAAAGAUGGCGAGUCUCUCCCGGAGGGUCAGAACAGUCCAGUUUGGAGCAGUACCUAUCCAUCCCAUUCGGCCACCUGCCUCCCUUCUGUCUCCGUGUCAGUCCACCCAGAAUUCUCCCCAAGCCCCAUUUCCCUCAACCACGCCGAUGGAGGCCUGUGGGCCGGUCACAUGCUCUCUCAGGCCGGCCUCCAACCGCUGGCUAGCCUCACAGACAGCUGGACCUACAGUCUUAACUCCCAGAGCGCAAGCGGCUACCCCAACGUUCACGACGUCUACCAUCCUCACCACCACGCGCACAUCCAUACUCGGCAUCACCACCACCACCGACCGGUGUUCCAUUCGUAUCCAAGCCACGGCGCAGCACUGGAGUCGAGGUUCAGUCCUCUCCUGUUGCCCGGUGUGAGGAACCAGAGCCAGUCAGCAGCCAGUGCGGGGAGUUCUCCACACAGCGACAGCGCAAAGACAGAAAUGGACCCCGGUAGCUGCAGCCCGGUCACGGCUUCAUCUGUACCCUGGACCCCUUCGCCGCUCCACGGAUCCUUGGAGUUGUACGAUUCAGCUCACGAGCAGACCAAAGCCAAGUCAUCGGUUUGGUUCUAACUGCCGAUGCGCACGAGCGGAGGACUCAGCUUACGCUCGGCGGCGCCGUCAACAUAUGGCUGCAAAACAAGUACUGCAACGUGCAAUAUGGAUGGACGCUUUCUACUACUGCUCCUGCCUUGUCGACAUCAUUUAGGAUGGAGAUGUGACGUGAUGUAGCAGAAAAAGAGUGCAUCUUCUCUUCUUCUUUCAUGAUUCAUCUGCAAAAAAAAAACAAAAACAAAAAACCAUUUCAUUUUCAAGUGUUGACGCAGUUCUGUUACAAGAACUGCUGUUUGGAAUGAGUCAAUAUCACUUUUUGUCCUCGACAGAAUCAAAUGCGUCGUCGUGACAAUGUAGCAGAAUAAUGACACUGUGAAAUCUGAUAAGUGGCCAAACGUGCGCACAAAAACCAAUACAAGGAUAAAUUUUGUUAAAUGUGUUGGGGUUUUUUUUCCAUUUUUUUUUCCCAGUGGAUAUGCAUGACUUUAAUAUAUCCCACACGCUGCUCAGCUAAUUCGUGGUUAAAUAAUAUGAAACCACAUUUUAACACAGUCCAUAGAAGGUUAUUGGAUAAAAAGAACAUUUUCAUAACCAUAUUGAACAUGUUGCAUGUGUCGCUGAAAUUGUUGUCCACCCUGUCAAAAUGGGCUCAGGGCCACUUUAAGAACCCCCCUCUGAGGUUUUCAGACGCAUUUUGCUUUUUUUUCAUUGGAGACCAAAGUAGUGGAUACUUGCAAGUUGUAAAUAUUGAAACUAUUUUGAUCACAUUGAUCAUCACAUUGUGUUUGCAGUCAGAUGUUGUCAAGCUUAACGUGUCCACUCUGUCAUAGUGAAUGACCAAUUGAUAUAAAUAACUUUCGGAACUUUGAAAUCUAUUUGUUAAACACGCUUGCCAAGUGACUCAAGGUUCAUAAUGUGCUCAUAAAAUGCUGACACGAGGCAAACAAUGUCCACCCUGUCAGCAAGUUCGUACAUUUUGCUGUUUACAUGUAGAUGGUCUGCUUGCAGUUUGUUUUUUGGGACCUCGGCCAUUACGCAUUUCUAAAAGUUUCAAAAUCACUUUAUAGCGUUAUUGACUCGUAUACCAAAUGCCGACAGUUUUGCCUUUCAAAGUGUGCUUUUUUUUGUUUUUGCUGAAUGAUGUCUGUCCCUUCAUGCUACCUUUGAAUUUUUGCCUCAAAGGAUUGCGUGUUGUAUGUUUUGAUACUGUAUGUUUUUAUUGUAAAUAAUAAAUUAUGAUCUUCUAUUUGCAAAUGAA